AUGGAGCACUCGACCCUGAGACCGUUCUGGGGUCCCCAAACCUCUUACCUCAACUUUUGCGAGGAAGACUAUGUAAUCACCCGGUACAUCGCGGAGUUUAUCAAUACCCUGAGCAGCUUCAUAUACAUUGUUUACGGGAUCUAUGGCCUAUCCAAGCUUCGUCAUAAGCCGAACGCCGGUUCCCGCUCGAUUCCGUAUUUCGGGUUGAUCGGAGUAGGAGUUUGCUCGGCUGGAUACCAUAUGACAUUGAAAUAUCAUACCCAAAUGUCGGAUGAAUUAUCCAUGCACCUGUUGACAACACCCCUCCUGUAUCGCAUUCUCUCUUACCAGGCCAGCCCGGAGCGUACCCGGAUGGUGGGCAUUAUUCUCUCUGUGCUAUUCACCAUCGUGAUGGUUGUCCACAUGGUGAUGGAUGAAUUUCUCCUCCACGCCGUUACCUUCGGCAUGGCAGUCUACUUGAUCGCAACACGUACGCUCAAGAUUAUUCCCCGACAAAUCCCCGAUCCGGUAACCCGCAAGAACAUUCAAUGCGUAGCGCUCUUUGGAUGUGCGAGUUUUAUCUUUGGUUACCUAGUGUGGCUGAUUGACGACUGGGCCUGUCGGAUCUUGACCAGCACGAGGCAAGCCGUUGGUUUGCCCUUGGCGUUUCUGUUCGAAUUGCAUGGAUGGUGGCAUGUCUUCACUGCCAUUGGCGGCUAUAUUGCUGUCGCUAUUAUCGACCUGUUGACAUCUGGCGAAGUGCGCAGCGAUUCCACAGAGCAUCUCGCCUGGCCCCUUCCUGCUAUCGCGAGGUUUACGGCAGCGGGAACGGGCUCAACCCAGAAAGGAGAAUAA